AUGACAGAUAAAGCCGCCAACUGGGCUCUCCCCAUCAUUGGAAAUAUCAUCAAGGGCAAGGGUAACCCUCCUACCACUAUCCAGGCCCUAAUGGCCAAAUUCAAGGAGGCAUUUGCCAACCCUGACGCCAAAAGGGCGGCCACCAGGAAGAUUGCUGCGUUGACUCAGACCAUGACCACGUCUGAGUACGUUACAGAGUUCCGCAACCUUAUUGCGGAGCUUGACUGGAAUGAAGAGGCGUACAUUGCCCAAUUCACGUGCAGCCUUCACUGGAAGGUCAAGGAGCUCCUGUCCACCAAGGACAACAUCCCCGACAAGCUGGAGGCUAUAUUCGCCGCCUCCAUCAAAAUUGAUAACACACGUUGGGAAAAUGAAGAGAACCAACCCAAGAAGCUCCCUGCCAAGUCCCUGGCCACCGUGGCCACCACAUCCACCUCCACCACAACAACGAGGGUCCGCCUAUCAGAAGACCCAAAUUACGUUACCCCGGAGGAAAGGGACCGCCGCCGCGCAUCAGGUCUUUGCAUCAAGUGCGGCCAAAAGGGACAUGGCAUCAAGCAGUGCCCCAAUGGCUGGAAAGCCACCAUCAAAGAAGUUGCCAAAGUGGCAGAAGAGGAGGGAUUGGGAAAAGACUGA